UCGCUGAAUAGCUUCCGGCAACGCCUCGAAUUCUUGCUUCGUCAUCUGCGCCCCAAAGGGUCCCGACGAUGAAGGCGAUACCGGCGGAGGCGGCACAGCAAUUGUUGCUGAUCCGGUAGUAUUGACCUUUGUCGGCUUUACAGCCAUCGUCGCCGAGUUUGCGGCAGACACCGUCGUCGCCGUGGUCUUCUUGCUGCCGCUGCUGUUGCUCUUCUCGUGGCUCUUGCCGCUCCUCAGUGUCCACGUCGUCGAGUUGGCUGUCGCGGUCGCGGUAGAGCCAGUGCCAGAGCCAGAGCGGGAACCCGACUCGGAGCUCGUCCGGGGAAAGUGAAAGUGCUGGUGGCUCCUCGACGAGUCGGGCCGCAAGUAGAGGUUAUGAUAUGACGAUGACGAAGGGGAUUGUUUAUGCUGUUGCUGACUCUGUUGCUGUUGCUGCUGGUUGUGCUGGAGCAGACGCAGAUCGGGCGAGCUGUACCCGUCGAGUCCGUGAUGCAAAUAGUCCCAGAGGCCGUGAGACCGGUCCACGCUAUCCUCGCUGGUCCGUCCACCGGCCGCCGUCUCCGCUGUUGCUACUGCUGUCUUCUUGCCAUUGCUCUUAGCGGCGUUGUUGUCACCUCCCCCAAUGCUGGGGAAGCUGUUGGUAAUGGUCGUUGGCGCCAUUGUCGCCGUUGUCGUGGUGGCUGUCGAUACCGAUGUCGUUGUAAAGGUCAAAUUUGUUGUUGUUGAUGUCGAUGACGAAAAGCUCGAGCGUGCGGAAGAGUAAAACGAAGUAUUAUUACGGAUACUAUUGGAAAUAAUGUCGACGCUGGUGCUGGUGCUGGUGCUGCUGGCGGUUCUUGUUGAUGAAAGAUCUCUGUCGAUCUCGAUCUCGUUGAUCAGAAAGUG